AAAUAAGAAAGAAGAGAUGGUACACUUGAAUUGUAUUAUUGAAAAAUGCUUAUUGCUUGUCAAAAAUCCUAUUUCUACAAUUGUCGUAAAGGUUAGUUUAAUGGCGAAGUUAUUGGAGCCAGAGGAAUUCGAUUUGCCAGGUAAAAAUCCGUCUGUAGAAGCUCAGAGGAGGUGGAGAGAUGCGGUUUCGUUCGUUAGAAAUCGCCGGCGACGGUUCCGGUAUGGUUCGAAUCUGGAGAAACGAAAAGAGGCAAAAGAGCAAAUGGAAAAAACUAGAGAAAAAAUUCGAGUUGGUUUCAUGGCUUAUAUGGCAGCACUCAAGUUCAUUGAUGCUGGUGAUCAAGGUAGGUCAUCCGACCAGAUUAGGGAUGAUAUAGGAGCUGAACUAGCAAAAGACUUGCCGGAAGAAGCUCGAGAAGCUGGUUUUGGAAUCAACCCAGAUAAACUUGCAUCUAUAGUUGGUUCCUAUGAUAUAAAAACUUUAAAGAAACUUGGAGGUGUUGAAGGGCUUGCAGGGAAGUUGAGAGUCUCAUCAAAUGAAGGAGUCAAAUCGAGUGAUGUAUCUGUCAGACAAAAUAUAUAUGGAUCGAACAAAUUUACAGAGAAACCGUUUAGAAGUUUUUGGACAUUUGUGUGGGAGGCUCUGCAUGAUUUAACUCUCGUCAUAUUGAUAGUUUGUGCUGUUGUUUCUAUUGGUGUGGGACUUGCUACUGAAGGGUGGCCGAAAGGAACAUAUGAUGGUUUAGGAAUUCUACUCAGUAUAGUAUUGGUAGUCAUGGUUACUGCAAUUAGUGACUAUAGGCAGUCGUUGCAGUUCAGAGAUUUGGAUAAGGAGAAGAAAAAGAUAUCUAUCCAGGUCACGAGAGAUGGAUCAAGGCAGAAGGUUUCCAUUUAUGACUUGGUGGUUGGUGAUGUAGUUCACUUAUCUAUUGGAGAUCUGGUUCCAGCUGAUGGAAUAUUCAUAGCAGGAUAUAGCUUGCUAAUUGAUCAAUCGAGCUUGUCUGGUGAGAGUGUACCAGUAAGCAUAUCUGAGAAAAGACCUUUUCUUCUAUCGGGAACCAAAGUACAAGACGGUUCAGCUAAGAUGCUAGUGACCACUGUUGGUAUGAGAACUGAAUGGGGUAAGUUGAUGGAAACUCUUAGCGAGGGAGGAGAAGAUGAAACUCCUCUGCAAGUUAAACUGAAUGGUGUUGCCACUAUUAUUGGAAAGGUAGGACUCGGAUUUGCUGUGGUGACAUUUCUUGUAUUAAUAGUAAGAUUUCUGGUGAAUAAAGCUACUCACCAUCAUAUCACACAAUGGUCCUCCAGUGAUGCAUUAACUCUUCUAAAUUACUUUGCCACAGCUGUAACUAUAAUCGUUGUUGCAGUCCCAGAAGGAUUACCUCUGGCUGUCACAUUAAGCCUUGCAUUUGCGAUGAAAAAGUUAAUGGACAAUAAAGCAUUGGUGAGGCAUCUUUCUGCUUGUGAGACAAUGGGUUCAGCUACUUGCAUCUGUACUGAUAAGACAGGAACACUAACAACAAACCAUAUGGUAGUAGAUAAAAUAUGGAUUUGUGAAAAGGCUAAAAAGGUAGAAAAUGGCGGAUCCGCAGAUGCAAUAACAGAUUUAUCAGAAAGUGCUCAGGACUUACUAUUGCAGGCAAUAUUUCAUAAUACAGCAGCUGAGGUGGUUAAAGACAAGGAUGGAAAGAAAUAUGUUCUGGGUUCACCCACAGAAUCUGCAAUAUUAGAUUAUGGAUUACUUCUUGGUGAUAUUGAUGAUAAAAAAAAGGAUUGUAAAUUGCUGAAGGUUGAACCUUUCAAUUCAGCAAAGAAAAGAAUGUCAGUGCUUGUUGGUCUUCCUGAUAGCAACACCCGUGCUUUCUGCAAGGGUGCAUCUGAGAUAGUCUUAAAAAUGUGUGACAAGUUUAUUGAUUGUAAUGGUGAAAUUGUUGAUAUGUCAGAAGAACAAGCUACGAACAUCACAAAUGUCAUUAAUGAAUUUGCUGAUGAAGCCUUGCGUACUCUUUCCUUGGCUUUCAAGGACGUUGGAGAUGGUUAUCAAGAAAAUAAUAUUCCUGAUAGUGGCUAUACAUUGGUUGCAGUAGUUGGAAUCAAAGAUCCAGUUCGUCCUGGUGUUAAAGAGGCAGUUAAAUCUUGUUUAGCUGCGGGAAUUACUGUAAGGAUGGUCACAGGGGACAAUAUUCAUACGGCCAAAGCCAUUGCUAAGGAAUGUGGUAUACUAACUGAUGAUGGUUUGGCCAUUGAAGGCUCAGAAUUCCGCAACAAAAGUCCUGAUGAAAUGAGGCAAAUAAUUCCUAGAAUUCAGGUUAUGGCUCGAUCAUCCCCUACUGACAAGCACGUGCUGGUAAAGAAUUUGAGAGGCAUGUUUAAAGAAGUAGUUGCAGUUACUGGUGAUGGCACAAAUGAUGCCCCUGCCUUGCAUGAGUCAGAUAUUGGACUUGCUAUGGGUAUAGCAGGAACGGAGGUUGCGAAAGAAAGUGCUGAUAUUAUAGUGCUUGAUGACAACUUUAGCACAAUUGUGAAUGUGGCUAAAUGGGGCCGUUCUGUAUAUAUAAACAUUCAAAAAUUCGUGCAAUUCCAGUUGACUGUCAAUGUUGUGGCUUUGAUGAUCAAUUUUAUUUCUGCAUGCGCCUCAGGAUCUGCUCCUCUUACAGCCGUUCAGCUUCUUUGGGUCAACCUUAUCAUGGAUACUUUAGGUGCACUCGCACUGGCCACUGAACCACCUCAUGACGGACUAAUGAGUAGGCCUCCUGUUGGAAGGGAUGUAAGUUUCAUUACAAAGACAAUGUGGAGAAAUAUAAUAGGGCACAGUAUCUACCAGCUGGCUGUACUCUUAGCCUUCAACUUCGCGGGGAAGCAGAUUUUGGGACUUGAAGGUUCAGAUUCUACAAUGGUUCUGAAUACUUUCAUUUUCAACACCUUUGUGUUUUGUCAGGUUUUCAAUGAAAUAAACAGCCGUGACAUGGAGAAGAUAAACAUUUUCCGUGGCAUUUUUGGCAGCAGUAUUUUCAUAGGUGUCAUGCUUGCUACAGUUGUUUUCCAAGUUAUCAUCGUCGAGUUCUUAGGCACUUUUGCCAGCACUACACCACUUAGCUGGCAACUAUGGCUGCUCAGUGUCCUAAUUGGCGCUGUAAGCUUGAUCGUUGCUGUUAUUUUGAAGUUGAUCCCAGUCGAAAAGGAAGCUCCUAAGCAACAUGAUGGUUAUGAUCUGGUCCCAGAUGGUCCAGAACGUGCCUAAGAGUGAGGUAAUCAAAUGCAAUAGAGAAUGUCUUGCUUGGAAAAAGUUCAUUUUAGAAAAUACUACGAGGCCUUUUUGAGGUAAGAAGGAAAUCAAAACAAAUGGAGAGAAAAUACAAAAUGCAGACUAAAAAACAGCUAAUUUCACCAUCUAACCUCCAAGUUGCACUUGAAAUUUCUUUGUCGAUUCUCGUCUCUCUUUCUGAACAGGUGUUUGAUGGAAAAGCUCUUUUUCUUCCUUUUUGGUUUGUGAAGAGACUAUUCCUGAUAAGACCAGAUUUUGAAACUUUAGCUUUCGUUACUGAAUGCUCUGCAAGUGUUUACAGGAUGGAACAACUGAUAUCUGAGGAAUGUCCGAACCUCAUAAUUCCCUUUGGCUUACUGAGAGACUCGUGUUGGUUGAUCGUCUUUCGAUAUGUCAUAGAUUUACUGUUAUAUUUUCACAUACUUUUACUCUAUUUGAACUUUUGUUUGCCUUGUUCAUUGUUCAUCUCCAAGCUUUCUCUAAUACAUUACUUUGUUAUUCCA